AUGACAGUGUGUCCCUCCUCAUACUACACCAUCAUGGCCUUGAACAGGACAGAGGUUUAUUUCUCAGAGCUGCCCCCUGGGAAUGCUGACUUCAGAGAUCUGGGCCUGAGUUUGUAUAAAUGCCCUGCAGAGCUGCAGUCCAGCACUCUUGGCCUCCUCACCUCUGCCAGCCUUCUGGGCUCUCCACCCAGCACCACCAGCAUCAUGCUCCAGCAAGCCCUUCUCCUCUCCACCUGCUUCGCUCUGGCUAUGACCUACCCUAUGCUGCUUCAGGAAUUCUUCGCUGACUUAGAGUCAACCAUGGACAUAGAGUACACUGGCCUCGUGUCAACCAGUGGCCUAGAGUCAACCACUGGCCCCGCUUACCUGGAGUCAACAACUGUCCCCACUGACCUGGAGUCGACAACUGUCCUAGAGUCAACCACAGGCCUAGAGUCAACAAUUGGCUUAGAAUCAACAGCUGGCCCCACUGACCUGGAGGCAACCACUGGCCUAGAGUCAGCCACUGGCCACACUAACCUGGAGUCAAUCACAGAUUUAGAGUCAACCUCUGGCCUAGAGUCGACUACUGGCUCCACUCACCUGGAGUUGACCACUGGCCUACAGUCAACCACUGGCCUAGAGUCAACCAUUAGCCCCACUGACCUGGAGUCAACCACUGGCCUAGAGUCAGCCACUGGGCGCAUGAACCUGGAGUCAACCACUGGCCCACAGUCAACUACUGACCUAAAGUUGACCACUAGCCCCUCUGACCUGGAGUCAACCACUGGCCCACAGUCAGUCACUGGCCUACAGUCAACUACUAGCCCCACUGACCUGGAGUCGACCACUGACCUACAGUCAACUAUUGGCUUAGAGUCAACCACUGGCCUAUCAGACUUGACCACUCACCAUGACUUCACUGAAGAUGCAGAAACAACCACUGAAGUGUAUUUGGAGAACACACAGACUUUUGGUGACCCAGUAUCUCCAUGGGCAGGAACAGGUCCAAUGCAGUGUUUUUUGUUUAGAAAAUGA